AUGUUUCUCCAUACUUGCCUGCAAUAUGAUAACUGGGUCCUCUUCAGUUAGUAUCAUUUAAGUUGUAUUUUCUGGACCCUAAAAUCAAUAUCUAAACUACAGGUAAAGAAUCAUGAGUUACAAUUUAUUCUUUUGAAAACUUGCCAAUUAUUGAUCCUAGUUUAGUAAGACUCACUCCCAAAUAUAAGAUCCUGCUUUCGUUGUAUUUUCACUCUUGCAUUUUUUCCUUUUCAUCAAUUACGAGGCUUCAAUAUUUUGAUAGAGGUUUAUAUUGAGAAAUAUUAUAAUUUAAAGGAGAAGGAUCCUAUUAACAAUGCAUUCGACCUCUAUUAGAGAUCUCAAUCCUAAAUUCAUCAAAAAUAAAUAAUACUUAGUUACUCAGCAAAUGGAUUUUAAUUGAUAUGUGCUGGGUCUAGGGACAAACUAUUUUUCACUCUGAACUUAUAAUUUCUUUCAACUGAACCCCUUACUUAUUUAUUAUAAUUGCCAGAAAAGCUCCAGGUCCAAAAGUCGGAUUAGCUCUAUCAAUAGUCCUCUAUGAGACACUUACUUAAUACUAUUUUUUGUUUUAAGAGUUUCUAAAUUAUAAGAACCAAGUCCUGGUCUAUUAGAAAAUUCAAUAUAAAAACGGUCGCUUGUUGUAAAAACUUUAUUAGUAGAUUAAAAAGAAUGAAUUUCCUUAAAAUCUUAAUGAAAAGGCCCUGGAGUUUUUAGAACAUCAUUUCCUGUAUUUUCGAAUUUAUAUUAGAAAGUAAAUGCUGGAGAUUUUUUCUAAUCAGUCCAAUAUCAAGAGGGGGUUUGUCUUGUUCUUAAGCUUUUUUGAAUUUGGUUAAAUAAUCUAAUUGCAGAUUUCAUACUGAUAGAUUUCGAAUAUAUGCUCUUGGUUCAGGUUCAUAAAGUUACUUUAGAGGGAUUUAGAGAUUUUAAAACCUCCUGAUUAUGGAGAUGUUAAAUUGUGUGAAUUAUUUGUAACAUUAUUUUGAAUAGUCUUUCUACAGGACCUUUAUUUCCAUGUGA